AUGUUUUGUUGGGGUAACGCAACUCAUCAUGAAUUAUGUAUCAAUGGACCUGGUGCAAAAGAUCUGGUUAUAAAACCAACAUUAUCAAAUUGGAAAGAAAGUAAUCACCUACAACUUGUAGCUGCUGGUGAAUUCCAUACUUUAUAUCUCACUAAUCAAGGACACUUGUAUUCAUGUGGAAAUAAUGAUGUUGGACAAUUAGGACGACAAACGGAAAGCACCGAUGGAGAAUCACCAGAUCUCGUGGAAACAUUCAAAGGUUGUACUGUAUCUACAGUAGCAUGUGGCAUUCAACAUUCAAUGGCUCUUGAUGAGUGGGGACAACCAUUUAGUUGGGGUUCUGAUAGUAUGGGACAACUGGGCAGCAACCUUGGUGCUCAUGCUCAAGAUAAACCAAAAAUUAUAAAGUUCUUAGCCACCAAAAAUGUUAUACAGAUUGCAUGUGGAUCAUAUCAUUCAAUUGCACUAACAAACAAUGGUGAUCUGUAUUCAUGGGGUGCAAAUAGUUAUGGGCAGUGUGGCUUGGGAAAUAUGACAAAUAAGGAAACUACACCACAACAGAUAACAUCAUUGCUUGGUGUUCCGAUUACAUUAGUGGUUUGUGGUAGCAACCAUACAUUUGUAUUAUCAAAAUCAGGUGCAGUAUUUGGUUGGGGUAAAAAUAACAAUGGCCAGUUAGGCUUGCAGGAUAGGGAGAGCAGAUGCUAUCCCACUCAUUUGAAAACAUUGAGAAAUGUCAAGGUAUGCCAUAUAUCUUGUGGUGAAGAUUUCACUGCAUUUCUGACACUAGAUGGUGGUGUUUUUACAUGUGGUUCUGGGGAAUAUGGCCAAACUGGGCAUGGGACAACCAAGGAUGAACUGGUUCCUAAGAAGGUUAUGGAGUUGAUGGGCAGCACGGUCACACAAGUCGCUUGUGGGCGCCGCCACGUAUUGUGCCGCGUCGGGGAUCGAAUCCUGGCUUGCGGCUAUGGUGCCAGGGGCCAGCUGGGCUGCCCCCACAUGGCCUUCGCCUUGGUGCCUACACCCGUCCUUUUCACUCCCAACGAGGAUUCGCCGACCGAAAAUGCGGUACAAAGUAAGCCCAAGAAGAAACCAAAGAUCGAGAGGGCUAGGAGUUCUCCUAAACAAGGCGCCGCGCGGUCCCCUAAAUUUGACUUCAAUCCGGAGGUGCUCGGCGGCGCUAUAAGGGUGUUCGCCGGCGGGGACCACAGCUUCCUCGUCAUCAGCAGCGACAGGGGCGCACUCGUCGACCUACGGAUGCCCGACCCCAGGAGGCAGAUAUUGACGCUGAGCCUGCCCCGCCUCGCCGCCUGCGAGAUGUUCAAGGACGACGAGGCGGUCAACCAAGAUCUCAUGGCUUACUUGGAGACCGUGUUCGGUUCGCUCGCUUGCCUGAACGGCUCCUUCUUGGCAGCGGAGAGCGGCCACUUCGGUUGCAACACCAAGGUGCCUGGCGUCGACCUGAAGAGGGCCGAAGAGGCUUUCGCCCUUAUCAGCCGAUUUGAGAACUCCUCCAUAAAGGAUCUCAUAUUCGGCCACCUAACGGAGAACAUAAUAAAGAAGAUGAAAGCGUCCCCGCCAGACGCCGAGGUGCUCCGGGUGUUCUUAGUGUUGCCCUUGUAUCACGAAAUGAGAAAUCCACGUAGACACCCCGAAUUACAGGGUCCGUUCGCGGAGGCUUUCAACAAAUUGGCGAUGUAUCCCCAGAAGAUUGUACAGAUGUGGUGGGAAGCUCAGACCACGGACUAUUUCGAGAUGCUGGUCGAUAUAUUUAAGAGCGUCAUAGUUUACGAACUAAUGCAGCCGGUCGUUCAAGCCAACAAAAAAAUAUCUUUCACGCACAGCAUUGUGCAGAUUUUGAACACGUUGUCGUUUUUAAAUAAGAUAAAUUUCGCAAACCCAAAGAAACCAAAAAUACCAGCGGAAUGUUUUUACAUAGAAGACCUCUGCAGCUAUGUGGAUAUUGCGACCGACUACAUACACUGGCUUGCCGAUCAAGAUUCGUCGCAGCCGCACAUGUGCAACUACGCGUUCCUGUUCGACGUGCAGUGCAAGUCGCUGCUGCUGAAGAUCGACCAGCAGCUGCAGAUGCAGAUGGCGAUCAGCCGCGCGGCCACGCAGAUAUUCACGCGGCUGUUCAUCGACCCCACGUACGAGUACCAGCGCGACCAGUUCCUCAACGUUACCGUGUCGCGGAGCCACAUCGUGAGGGACACCAUGAUGCAGAUCAGCAGCCACGACACGUCGCAGCUCAAGAAGCCGCUUAGAGUAGAAUUCGUGGGCGAGGAGGCGGAGGACGCCGGCGGCGUGAAGAAGGAGUUCUUCAUGUUGCUGCUGAAGGAGAUUUUCGAUCCCGUCUACGGGAUGUUCAAACAGUCCGAGGAGACCAACAUGAUCUGGUUCUCAAACAACCCCUUUGAGGACGACGUCAUGUAUUAUCUGAUUGGUGCGAUCUACGGCCUGGCUAUAUACAAUUCGAUCAUCAUUUACGUCCCCUUUCCUCUGGUGUUGUAUAAGAAACUGUUAGGAGAGUCCGUCAUGUUGGAUGAUCUUUCAGACUUAUACCCCACAUUGGCUAAUAGCUUGAAAAGUCUACUAGAAUACCCCGAUGAGGAUGUUGAAGAGGUGUUCAGCCUGUGCUUCGCCGUGAACACGAUCGUGUUCGACGAGAUCCAGGUGCACACGCUGAAGGAGAACGGCGAGAACAUCCCGGUCACGCACGAGAACAAGGACGAGUACGUCGAGCUGUACGUGGACUUCCUGCUCAACAAGUCCGUGCAGAACCAGUUCAAGGCGUUCAACCAGGGCUUCCAGAAGGUGUGCGGCGGACGAAUAAUCAAGCUGUUCAGGUCGCACGAGCUGAUGUCCGUGGUGAUUGGCAAUGAGGAGUACGACUGGGAGGUGUUCGAGAGCAACUGCGAGUACAAAAACGGCUACUCGGCUACCGAUCAACAGACCAGAUGGUUCUGGGAAGUUUUUCAUGAGUUGUCACUCGAGGACAAGAAAAAGUUCUUGCUUUUCUUAACCGGCAGUGACCGCGUUCCUAUACAGGGUAUGAAGGACAUCAAAAUCAGAAUACAGCCGAUGGCGGACGACAGGUUCUACCCGGUGGCGCACACGUGCUUCAACCUCUUGGACCUGCCGCGCUAUAAGACCAAAGAGCGCUUAAAGUACUACCUCAUGCAGGCGAUACAGCAGACCCAAGGGUUCUCGCUCGUC